AUGAUUGACAAGAAGAUGAGAUCUAAAUCCAUUGUUUGUCUCCUAGUGAGACCACCACUACACAUGGUUCUCUUCCUCCUCCUCUAUGUUCUCUCCCUCUCCUUCUUCUUUCUCACAGUUACAGAAGCUGUCUGUAAUCCACAAGAACGAGAAUCUCUCCUUUGGUUCUCCGGAAACGUAUCAUCUCCACUCUCUCCUUUGCAUUGGAAUUCAUCUACUGAUUGUUGCUCCUGGGAAGGAAUCUCCUGCGAUGACUCUCCAGAAACUCGAGUCACUUCGAUUUCCUUGUCCUCUAAAGGACUCUCCGGCAAUCUCCCGCCCUCUGGCUUAAACCUCCGCCGUCUCUCUCGCCUUGACCUUUCUCAUAACCGUCUCUCUGGUCCUCUCCCACAAGGUUUCCUCUCCGCCCUUGAUCAGCUCUUGUUUCUUGAUCUCAGUUACAACACUUUCAACGGCGAAUUGCCGCCACUUGAACAACCAUCUGGCAAUGGAAGCAACCGAACCUUACCAAUUCAGACCGUUGAUCUCUCCAGCAAUCUUCUCCAAGGCGACAUCCUCGGUGGCUCUGUUUUUCUUCAGGGUGCUUUCAAUCUAACCAGUUUCAACGUCAGCAACAACAGCUUCACCGGUCCAAUACCUUCUUUCAUCUGCACAACUUCACCACAACUCACCAAACUGGACUUCUCAUACAACAAAUUCACAGGGCUUAUCACUGGAGCAAUCGGCAGAUGUUUGAGGCUAAGUGUUCUUCGAGCAGGCUUCAACAACCUCUCCGGUGAAACUCCAAAAGAAAUCUACAAUCUCUCUGACCUCGAGCAACUCUACUUACCAGCCAAUCAUCUUACUGGAAAGAUUGAUGAAGGAAUCACUCGUCUCACUAAGCUGACAUUCCUUGAGCUUUACUCUAACCACCUCGAAGGAGAGAUACCAAUGGAUAUAGGUAAGCUUUUCAACCUGCAAAGCCUCCAGCUUCAUGUCAACAACCUCACAGGCUCUGUUCCGGUUUCUCUCUCCAACUGCACAAAACUUGUGAAGCUGAUUCUACGUGUUAAUCGUCUGGGAGGAACCUUAUCGGCGAUAGACUUCUCCCGUUUUCAGAGCCUCAGCGUUCUUGACCUCGGAAACAAUAGCUUCACCGGCGAUUUCCCCUCCACGGUCUACUCCUGCAAGAAGCUGACUGCAAUGAGGUUCGCAGGCAACAAGUUAUCCGGAGAGAUAUCUCCUAAAGUGCUGGAAUUGGAGUCUCUCUCGUUCUUCACAUUCUCAGACAACAAAAUGACGAACAUCACAGGCGCUCUCAGCAUUCUGCAAGGAUGCAAGAAGCUCUCUACUCUCAUCAUUGCAAAGAACUUUUACGAUGAAACCAUACCAAGCAACGAAGACUUUCUCGCCUCAGAUGGAUUUCCGAAUCUCCAAAUCUUCGGUACUGGUGGAUCAAGAUUGAAAGGUCAAAUACCAGCUUGGCUGAUCAAGCUCAAGAAAGUAGAGCUUAUGGACCUGUCACUAAACCGACUCGAAGGGCCUAUUCCCGGUUGGCUAGGAACUCUUCCAAACCUUUUCUACUUGGAUCUUUCUGAUAACCUUCUCACAGGAGAGAUUCCAAAGGAACUGUUUCAGCUGAGGGCUCUCAUGUCUCAAAAGGCGUACGAUGCAACAGAGCGGAGCUAUCUAGAGCUCCCGGUUUUCGUCAGUCCCAAUAACGUCACCAUCAAACAGCAAUACAACCAGCUUUCUAGCCUCCCACCUGCGAUAUACCUCAAAAAGAAUGGUUUAACCGGGAGUAUACCGGUCGAGGUUGGACAGCUAAAGGUUCUCCAUGACCUGGAGUUUUCAGUGAACAGUUUGUCUGGUAGUAUCCCGGAUGAGUUGUCAAACCUCACAAACUUGGAGAGGCUUGACCUGUCCAACAACAGUCUCUCCGGUAGAAUCCCUUGGUCGCUCACAGGACUCAACUUCAUGUCCUAUUUCAACGUUGCCAACAACACUCUCAGUGGACCAAUACCCACAGGAAGUCAGUUUGAUACUUUCCCAAAAACAUAUUUUGAAGGAAACCCUUUGCUGUGCGGUGGUGUGCUUCUAACCUCCUGCAAUCCAACACAGCCUUCUUCUACAAAGACGGAGAAGGGAAAGGUCAACAGACCGCUUGUUCUGGGGCUUGUCGUUGGGACCUUCUUCGGCGUCAGUUUGAUUCUGGUGCUGGUUGCUCUGUGGGUGAUGUCCAAGAGGAGAGUCAAUCCAGGAGACUCUGAGAACGCCGAGCUGGAGAUAAACUCCAACGGCUCGUAUUCUCAAGUCGGUCCAGGCUCGGAGAAAGACAUCAGCCUCGUGCUCUUGUUUGGGAACAGUAGAUAUGAAGUGAAAGACCUGACGAUAUUCGAGCUCUUGAAGGCUACCAACAACUUCAGCCAAGCGAAUAUAAUCGGCUGUGGCGGGUUUGGCCUUGUCUACAAGGCGAUCUUGGACAAUGGCACGAAGCUAGCGGUCAAGAAACUCACAGGAGACUGUGGCAUGAUGGAGAAAGAAUUCAAAGCAGAGGUUGAAGUUCUCUCCAGGGCCAAACAUGAGAACCUCGUCGCUCUACAAGGCUACUGCGUCCAUGACAGUGCUCGGAUACUUAUCUACACGUUUAUGGAGAACGGAAGUCUUGACUACUGGCUUCACGAGAACCCCGAAGGUCCAGCUCAGCUGGAUUGGCCAAAGAGACUUCACAUUAUUAGAGGAGCGAGUUUUGGACUCGCCUACAUGCACCAGGUUUGCGAGCCGCACAUAGUACACAGAGACAUCAAGUCAAGCAACAUCCUUUUAGAUGGGAACUUCAAAGCCUACCUCGCGGAUUUCGGUUUGUCAAGACUGAUACUUCCGUAUCGCACUCAUGUCACAACUGAGCUUGUGGGGACAUUGGGUUACAUUCCUCCAGAGUAUGGACAAGCUUGGGUGGCUACUUUGAGAGGCGACGUGUACAGUUUCGGUGUCGUCAUGCUCGAGCUGCUCACUGGGAAGAGGCCAAUGGAGGUUUUCAGGCCAAAGAUGUCGAGAGAGUUGGUUGCUUGGGUGCAUCAGAUGAGAAGAGAAGGGAAGCCAGAAGAAGUGUUUGAUUCGUUGCUGAGAGAGAGUGGUUACCAAGGAGAGAUGCUCCGUGUGCUUGACAUAGCCUGCAUGUGUGUGAAUCAGAAUCCAAUGAAAAGACCAAAUAUACAGCAAGUUGUUGACUGGCUCAAAGAUAUCGACGCAGAGAACACAAACGUAAGUAACAGAGAAGAAGAAGCUGAAGAAGAGACGUAA